CCUUAACCUCCAUUCGACUGACGAGAAAAGAGUGCCAGACACCUGGAAAAAAGGAACAGAUGCUGCUCCAGCGCUGCAAUGGAGCCCUUCGUGGCUCUUUGAGGGCGUUUUCCUCGUCUGCCGCGACUCCUCCGGGGACUCCCCCGCCGCAGACUAGAACCAAGUUCGGACCUCUCAAGGAUGAAGACCGUAUCUUCCAGAACCUAUAUGGACGCCACGACUGGCGCCUCAAGGGCGCCAUGUCCCGUGGAGAGUGGUACAAGACCAAGGAGAUCGUGGAGAAGGGAGCGGACUGGAUCAUCAACGAAGUGAAGACCUCGGGAUUGCGGGGUCGGGGAGGCGCUGGAUUCCCGACUGGCUUGAAGUGGAGUUUCAUGAAUAAGCCUUCCGACGGACGCCCGAAAUACUUGGUCGUCAAUGCCGACGAGGGGGAGCCUGGGACAUGCAAGGACCGGGAGAUCAUGCGACACGAUCCGCACACCCUCGUCGAAGGAUGUCUCAUCGCUGGUAGGGCCAUGGGCGCGCGCGCGGCCUACAUCUACAUCCGUGGCGAGUUCUACAACGAAGCGUCGAAUCUCCAAAUAGCGAUCAAGGAAGCCUACCAAGCUGGCUUUCUGGGGAAGAACGCCUGCAACAGCGGCUACGACUUCGACGUGUACGUUCAUCGUGGUGCAGGAGCCUACAUCUGCGGAGAGGAAACUGCUCUCAUCGAGUCAAUCGAGGGCAAACAAGGGAAGCCUCGGCUCAAGCCCCCGUUCCCUGCCGACGUCGGUGUUUUUGGAUGUCCAACGACCGUGACCAACGUCGAGACGGUCGCUGUGGCUCCGACAAUUUGUCGCAGAGGAGGCGCUUGGUUUGCUUCUUUCGGAAGAACCCGCAACAGCGGAACGAAGCUCUUCAACAUAUCGGGCCACGUCAACAAUCCGUGCACCGUUGAGGAGGAGAUGAGCAUUCCGCUCAAAGAACUCAUCGAACGUCACUCGGGAGGAGUGAUCGGUGGAUGGGAUAACCUGCUCUGCGUCAUCCCCGGCGGAUCGUCCACACCCGUGAUCCCGAGAUCGGUCUGCGACACCGUCCUCAUGGACUUCGACGCCCUGGUUGAGGCCCAAACCGGUCUUGGGACCGCUGCGAUCAUCGUGAUGAAUAAACAGACCGAUAUCAUCAGAGCCAUUCAUCGACUCAUCGAGUUCUACAAGCACGAGUCUUGUGGACAAUGCACUCCCUGUCGAGAGGGAGUGGGUUGGAUGAACAAGAUAAUGGAGCGCUUCGUGAGAGGUGAUGCCAGAAUAGAGGAAAUCGACAUGAUUUACGAAAUUUCCAAGCAGAUAGAAGGACAUUCUAUCUGCGCCCUGGGAGACGGAGCCGCUUGGCCGGUUCAGGGCUUGAUUCGUCACUUUAGACCUAUCGUUGAGAGCAGGAUUGCUGAUUUCCAGGCUCGAGCGCAGGCUAGGAAUUGAUAGACCUCCCUCCGGCCAUUCGAUGCGCCACACCUCAGUUGUUUAUGUAAAAAGAAACUCGAGUCGAAAUAAACUUUUCCGAUCUA